CCGUGCUGUGCACCCAAGGGAAGCUCUGAAGACAGCCCUGAAAUCAGCUUGAAGUGAAACUCAGAGGAGAAAAUCACAGAAGGAGAUGGACUUCUCCUUAGAAACUUGGGUUCUCUUGGCUCUCAGCCUGGUGCUUCUGUAUCAAUAUGGGACCUAUCGACAUGGACUUUUUAAGAGGCUUGGAAUUCCUGGGCCUAAACCUCUCCCUUUCUUUGGAACUCUUUUGGGCUACAGACAGGGUGCAUGGAAAUUUGAUACAGAGUGCUAUAAAAAGUAUGGAAAGAUAUGGGGGUUAUAUGAUGGUCAACAGCCUAUUCUGGCCAUCACGGAACCAGACAUGAUCAAAGCAGUUCUAGUCAAAGAGUGUUAUUCUGCAUUCACAAACCGGCGGCGUCUUGGUCCAGCAGGAUUUAUGAAAAAAGCCUUGUCCACAUCUGAGGAUGAAGAAUGGAAGAGAAUUCGAACACUGCUGUCUCCAACCUUCACCAGUGGAAAACUCAAGGAAAUGUUCCCCAUCAUUAAACAGUAUGGAGAUGUGUUGGUCAAAAACCUGAGAUGCCAAGCAGAGAAAGGCAAGCCUGUUAACUUGAAAGAAGUCUUUGGGGCCUACAGCAUGGAUGUGAUCACUGCAACAUCAUUUGGGGUGAACGUUGAUUCCCUCAACAACCCGCAUGAUCCCUUUGUGGAAAAAGCCAGCAAGAUCUUAAAAUUUAAUUUUUUUCAUCCAUUGCUUCUCUCCAUAGUGCUCUUUCCAUUCCUCACUCCAGUAUAUGAGAUGUUAAAUAUCUCUAUUUUUCCACGGGAUUCUGUGAAAUUUUUCACAAAAUUUGUAAAAAAGAUGAAAGAAAAUCGCCUGGAACCUAACCAGAAGCAACGAGUGGAUUUUCUUCAGCUGAUGAUGAACUCCCACACUUCUAAAGACACCAAGUCCUACAAAGCUCUGUCUGAUAUGGAGAUCGUGGCACAAUCAAUUAUCUUUAUUUUUGGUGGCUACGAGACUACUAGUAACACUCUUUCUUUCAUUAUGCAUAUAUUGGCCACUCACCCUGAUGUGCAGAAGAAACUGCAGCAGGAGAUUGAUACAACAUUGCCAAAUAAGGCAUUUCCUACAUAUGAUGUCAUGAUGGAAAUGGAAUAUCUGGACAUGGUGGUGAAUGAAACUCUCAGGUUAUAUCCAAUCGCUAACAGAAUUGAGAGGAUGUGUAAAAAAGAUAUUGAAAUCAAUGGAGUGUUCAUUCCCAAAGGGACAGCAGUGAUGGUACCAACCUUUGCUCUUCAAAAAGACUCAAAGUACUGGCCAGAACCUGAUAAAUUUUUCCCUGAAAGAUUCAGUAAGAAGAACAAGGAGAAGAUUGAUCCAUAUAUAUACAUGCCCUUUGGGAAUGGACCCAGGAACUGUAUUGGCAUGAGGUUUGCUCUCAUGAACAUGAAACUUGCUCUCAUCCGAGUCCUGCAGAACUUCUCCUUGCAACCUUGUAAAGAAACACAGGUCCCUCUGACCUUAGGAAAGGAAUUAAUUCUUCAGUCUGAAAAGCCCAUUAUCCUGAAGAUUGUGUCAAGAGAUGAGACCUUACGAGGAGCCUGAUCUUCCCUAGGGACUUCUGCUAUAUUCUUUAGGGAGGGUUUAAUUAAUUUUGAAUAAAAUCCAGAUGAGGAUGAGGUAAAUCAACUGAUCUUGAAUUGUUAUCAGAGAUUCAGUGCACUCUUUGAGCUUGUUCUGUAUCUGUAUAGAGUCUACCUGUUGUGACUGAAUUAGUGUCAGACAUGUACAUUCACCUUCUGUGGUUCUCAUGAGUCUAUUUCCAUCCACCCUUAGGGAACACCA